AUGGCUAGUACUACCAAACCCGCGCUCCCGCCCCUGGUGACCGACCCAGCGACAGCCACCCAGCUUGCCCUGGCCGGAUGGACGUCCACAGUGGCUGUUGACCCGACACAAACAGCCCUGGACAUCGAUCUACCCUCCAAUACAGCUGGUCUGGUUCUCUUACUGCAACCCAGCAAAGCUCCGGUGCUGCAGAACGGCUGUGCCGAGUGUGGUCCGCCCAUUAGCUGUCUCAUGUGUCCGAGCUCGUUCCAGUGUCUUAUGGGGGUGCAAACCGACUGUUCGACGUGUCCGCCGCUUCGCUGUGUGGCGUUGAGCGAUGGCACGACCGCUUCGGCAUCGUCCACAGCCUCAAGCACCAACAGCACCGCUUCAGAGACUCCAGCGCCUUCGGAAGGCUCAGCGUCUCCCAAGAUCAUCGGAGGAGUGCUUGGAGGAGUCGGCGGACUCAUCAUACUGGCGUUGGUUAUGUUCUUCAUCCUGUGGAACAAGAAGCACCGGAAACAGCCGAUCCGCAACAAGAGCAAGAUCAAUCGCACCCGCUCACCCAAUCUGAAGAAACGCGACGCGUCAGGCAUCAUUAUCGACGACAACUACCUGCGAGAACUCCAGGACCCGCUCGGGUGCGUCCGAGAGUCUCACGCUGAGCUGCACGAAGACAGAAACAGCUACAAGAGUCUCAGCACGCUGUUUGAGGACAACUCAUCGACGAGCUCCCCAAAAUCGCCCAUUCUCAUAUACACACGCCGAGAACGCACCAACCGGGUCCGAACUCCGGUUCUACACCAGCAAUUCGAACACACUGACGAUACCCAUUAUUAUGAGCCAGACCUGAUUGUCCCCCAACCAGCUCAACCAGUACACCAGCCCAGAGGUCUGUCUGCAAUCUUCCACCUUCCGAAACCAAUCACAAGCCGUCUGUCGCUUGGCUCUCUCUUUUCAGACACAGGACGGCUGUCGCUGUCGUUCAAAUCGUCCCCCAGCUCAUCAGUCAAACAGGACACGUCUCUCCCGCAAUUUUCAACACCGUCUACGGCUCGGGACUCGUCGCUGACCAUGAGCUCCAACGCCUCCAACAUCAUCCCCAUCGCUUACAUGCCUGGGGUAUUGGACUACAGCAGUAUUGCCGACCAGUAUUCUGCUUAUCAAGAAAGAAAGGCUGCCAGAAGAAGAGAGAAUCAGCAAGAAGCAAAGACUACCUCGGAACACGUGGAAGAUGUGUCAGACUACGAUCCAUACAUGUCUCCUGUGGAUUCUACCAAAAACAGCAGCCCUAGAGGAAGUCCACUUAAAGAGUACACUACUCUGUCCAAGAACCCCGACGACAACGGUUUGUCAUCGUCAACCACGACCAGGUUUGGACCGCCAUUAUCCAGUAUAUAUUCUUCUCCCAUUCUUCAACCUCCUCCGUUGAACACUAUUCAGCAUAUUCCCAACUCCUCUUCUCUGUCUACUCUCUUUCAUGCUCCAUCUACACCGGUCCCUGCAACUCCACCACUAAAUGUGUCAGGCAAGUUUGUCUCCAUGAUACGUGAGACGCAUUCUCACCAGUCCAGCAUUUCGAGCAUUGCUACCAUGUCUACGGCUUCUUUUGAGCGGCUUUGGGACCAGACUGGAGCUCUUGUUGCCGACGAGAACCACAUUCCUCCUUCUCCACCAUCGAUGAAUACUCCAUCAGCUCUCGAUGCUCCCGCAGACUGCUCUAGCCCUCUAAUCAGCCCUGCAUCCCAAACCACAGACAUGCAGUUUGUGUCUGCACCCACAAGUCCGCAUAUGGAGGUUCCGAGUGUGAGAGAGAGAUACAGCACAUCCGGUGUUUCUGACCCCAGUCGACGGAUCAGUACACCCAGCAUGGCUGAAAGUGCUAUUUCGGAUCCCCAACAACGAUACAGUAUGACCACCACGGCUUCAUUUGUAUCUGGAGAGUCUGCUCCAUACCUGGCCACUACAAGCAGCUCAGACCGACCGGCUCCGUACGCUCCUGGCGAGUUGUCUGUUUCCCGGGAGUCUUUGACUAGCAUCCAGCCGAGUGUGAUCAUCUCCCGGGCAUCUACAAUGACGCGAAACAGAAUUGAGGGGAGAGCCAUGGACGUGUCAUUCCCUCCACGGUCGAGUUCUCUCAGAAGGACUAGAUCUGACCGAGGUGAUACAGCACCGUAG